GUCAUUCAUGCAUGGUUGUCUCUACGGAUUGCUUGCAGAUUGCAUUCUUUUUUUCGCGAUUAAAAGUUUUUUAUCCCAAUUUGCAAGUUUUGAGUUAAACAAGAUUGUAAAAGGAAAUGGUUCUCGUGAUAACAUUGUUUUAAAAGUUAAAGUGUAGUUUAGAAGCACCUUUAGUGAUCAUUUAUACUACAAUCCGUGUGAAUUGCGUAUCAUGUAACUUUUGUGGUUUAUUUUGCGGGCUGCACUAUCUAUUUUCAACUCAGGAUUCUUCCUUGCAAUGCUCAAUCCAAAAUAAUAGGCAACCAUGAGUUGGCUCCGGACGACCAGCCUCUCACUCGCUCGUCAGCUGUCGAGAACCCUCGACCCCCGACAUGACUACGAACCCCAGGCUUGUUACGUGUCAUUUUGCAAGCACUGGCAACAAGCACACGAUAUAAUACUUAAAUCUCAACCGACCCACCUACACGACGAUGUCCUAGGCGUAGUAAACCAUUUGGAACAACUGUCUACCCUGCUGGUGCUGGAGGCUAAAGCGCGGGAGAUCAACACAGCGACCAGCCCCGCUUCUUGCCUGGAGUACCUGCUCAGUGAAAACCUACUCGAUAAGCUUUAUGAAUGGGCUGUGUGUACUGGGAAAUACGAAAAUGCCGUGCGUUUGGAAGAGCUCAAGCUGUUUGGACAUCUUAUCAGUCAUUAUAGUGCCCAGGUGAUUGCUGCAGAGCCUUUUCUAAGACCACUGCUGAAGUUGUUAAGCGGAUUCCGAAAUGAAUUACCUCCACCUAAUCUUGAGAGUCAGCUAGUGACAGUACUGAACCAGCUGUGCGUGGCGUUGAUGCAGAAUAUAAAGUUCUUAGAUCUGUUCUUCCUAACCACGCACACGCAGAGAGGAUCGCAAGCCGAGUUCAUAAUAGUCCGUCUCCUUCUAUCCUCGGUCCACCGCGAGGGCAGUACUGGUUCAGCGGCGCGCGAUGCCUUACUGCUCUGCGCCAAGAUGUCCUCCCGUUGUCCACAACUAGCAGAAUUCAUGUUAGCAGGAAAUACUUGUCCUGUUCUCGCUACUGGUCUAAGCGGUCUGUACUCCCUUUUACCUCGCACCCUCAACGACCAAGUAUACCGGCUGACCCCCGACGACGUGAACCACGUACACAAGCUGACGCUGUUCAUCGACUCGCUGGAAUUCUGUAAUGCUGUGGCGCAGGUAGCCCAUCCCUCCAUAAAGAAACACCUCCUAGACUUGUUGUACCAAGGGUUCCUAGUGCCGGUGAUGGGCCCAGCGCUACUACAGACGAAAGGGGCGACGUUGCAGAGUGGCGCGGCGGAACAAGCGGCUGCAAUGGCGUACCUCGAACUACUAUUACGGUGCGUCACAAGACGAGGUCUUCUAAGAGCAGUCCUUCAUUUCCUCUUUGUGUACGAGUAUGAUGGAGUUAGAGUUGUCGAUGUGUUGCUUAGAAGACUCGAGGGCAAUUCUCAGCUAUCACUAGUCUCCUUGGCUCUAAUGGAGACAUUAAUCGACCUUAAUUGUGAAGAUGUGAUGGUAGACCUGGUCUUCAAGCACCUUCUCAACGGCCACCACCUCAUGGUCGCCUAUAGACACAAGAUAGCUGAUCCAGAGCCCUACAGAGACGCGGCUAUCGCGUUCCUGGGACUCUCUCCUAGGUGUUGCUCGAGGCCGAUGGAGAUGACAAAGCAAUGGAUAGAGGAGCUAGCAAUGAGUGGGCGUCGUGUCCUUGAUCUGAAGAGUGACAACGAGAGACGGGUGAAUGGACUCCACGACGAUAUCGCCAUGAGCAGUUUGGUACACGAAAUUAAAGUCAAUUAUGGGAACCCUAACGACACACUAUUCGGCAACUACCACGCCUACAUCUGCGACUCACGAUUCGAAAUAGUUUCCCGCGUACUUGCCUGCAGUAACUGGAGCUCGCGAUACGACAGCGUCACGCCCCCUAAAAGAGAAACAAACAAUAAUACAAAAGAAACGAAAGAGAUAGAAAUAGUCACACCUAAAGAGCAGGACAGCCUAAUUUCUUGUACGAGCGGAUACGAGACGAAAACAAGUGACAGUUCAGAAAAAGAACAACAUAGUUUGACGUCACUGAAUGAGCAAGAGAAUGAAGUGAAGACCGAAUUGAAUGAAGUAAAGGAACAUGAUAGUUUGACGUCUACAGGAGAGAGUAGUGGUUAUGAGAGCUUUAAGUACAAAGAUGGGGAGGGGGAUGAAGGUUUCGCUGAGGAACUGUUCCGGAGGAGUUUUGUGAAGAAAGAAGAUAAUGGUUACGAAGGAGAGGUGCCUUUGAUAAGAAGCUGGAGGGCCAGUGCUGAAUCAAUUAUUGGCCCAUUACUAGCCAGCCUUCUGAAGAAGACAGCGGCUCUCCUAGAAUCGGAAGUGAUAGUGAACUGCCGAGUCACCAGCGUAAUCUCCAAGUUAGCCUCGUUACCUACACCUCUGCUUACCUCCCUGUUGCUGUGUCCCGGAUUCGUAUUGCAACCGAACGUGCCUUCUUUGUUUCAAAUUCUUAGUAAAUUAAAAGAAGAAGUCGACGAGUUGACAGAAGGUAUUGACAACACAGGCGAACUGGUGGACAAGGCGCGUGUUUACCUCAUACAGCGAGAGAUGGCGUUAGUGAAAACAAGGGGUCCGACAAAUGAUGAUAGUCACGGCCACGACUCACCGUCCCAGAAAUCGGACGACUCGCCAUUCCGACGUGUCGAGGCGAAACGUCGCAGUCUCUCCAAUAGUAUAUCUAACAUGUUUGGAAGGAGAUUAUCUUCUUCAUCGCCAUCCCAGCAUCACAUGCACAGUCCACAGCCCCACACAUACGCUAGUCCACAAAAACGACCGGUGUUCACACAGGAAACAUAUUGGAACCAAUCUAUAACACUACGCUCAAUACUAAACGCCGUCAUACUCGACGAAUGGCUCAAAGAAUUAGCUGCGUUAUGCGAAGAACAUGCGUUAAGACUUUCAGCUAACUACUACGAAGACGAGAGCUACGUCCAGGCAGUCGCCUUAUGACUGAGAGCCAAAACCGCUGAAGGCAUUUACCUCAAAAGAAAUGCCCUCAACGGAAAAACAAAUGACACAUUUGUUUGAAUGCAAUUCGCCAUAAUAACGUUACUCGAUAGCAACUAUCGAUUCUUUAGUCGAUUUUACGAUUGGUGUUCAAUACUAUACAUAAUCGACUAAUUUGUUGAAUUGUGUAGUGUUCACACUGUUUGGGCGGUAAUCACAAAAGUCCGUGUGUUUUCGAAACAUGUGAUUUGUACCGUGUGUGUUGACAGUUGCCUUUUAAGUAUAGCAGGAAUUUACAACGUAAUGUAAAUAGUAAAGUAAGGGUCGAACAGUUUUACGAGUAAGUGACGACAUUUGAACGUUAACGAUUUUUUCUACAAACAUUGUUUUAGGUGUCAAUAGCAAGUAGUAUUUAAUAUAUUAAUAAUAGUGUAGAUAAAUUAAUUUAUAAUUUUUUA